AUGAAAAUGCAAUUCGAAUAUUGGUGGAGGAUGAUGUACGACUACAAGAAGUGGCAGUACAAUGCCGCCGAAAGGCAGGCAACGAUGGACGAAGCCACCAAGGCCUAUGAAUCUACGGAAUCGACUCUGGAACAGAAAUGUGUCCAGUUCGAGGAGUGUCUUGGAACGCUGUUGCGAAAGGCGUUCGUUCAUGUGGAAACAUUGCAGCUGAUGGACAUACCCUUGCUUAUUGAGCAUUGUGCAUACAUUCUUCAGUCUUGCUUUUCGAUGGAGAGCCCGGGUGACGCCAGACUUCAGGAGACAGUGAUUUUGUACUACUUCGGCUCUUUGAUGCGACAUGCAGAGGCACUGAACAAUUCAGAACUUCUGGCAAGAAGCAGGGAUGUCCAACUGGUGGAACUGGCCGUUGGCCAUUACCUGCGCUUUGCAGAUCAGUUUCCUGAGGAGCUGAAACACAGCCUGGCAGAUGGGUUGUCGGCUAUGGCUGACAACGAGGAUUUCCAGACAGAGUGGGAAUACUUCUUUCCAAGCCCGGAUGCAAAAUCCAACUUCUUGCUUCUUGAAGAGAAGCUGACUACCCCCAUCCUUCAGGAGAAGCCAGACAAACGGCGAGAAAUCAGACCCCUCUUGGACUUCUUCAACACGAUCAAAAGAUCGUUGUGCCUUGAUCUAUUGUGUGCGUGUGGGCGCAUUUCCCAUGUAGAUGGGUCAUGA